AUGUCCCUUGCGGCGCGAUUUCCCCUUCAUCCUACAAGCAACAAUGGAGAAUGUGCCACUGAGGAAGAAAUCUUACAUAGCCAAGAAUCAGUUGGAAGUAAUAUAGUGACAGAUGAGUCAACAUAUUAUGAAAAUGGCAAGCACCCAUUUGCCUGUGACAGUGUAAAAGAUAUGAGUCAUGAUUUUGUUCAGAACAGAGAAGAGACUUCCACUGGGGUAGGAAUGCCAAUCUCAGAUAUAACUGACCUUGAAGGUACACAUCCAUCCCUCAUUUUGUCUAGUUGCCAUGAGUUCUGUCCUAAAAUUGCAUAUGCCCCUUCUAAUCUAGAUUUGGAUUCUUUAGACUUGGUGGGAGAGUUCGGAUUUAAUCAAAAAAAGGAAGGAGGGGAGAUAAGCAAACAUCAUGGACAUACAGAGCUCCCUGGAAGUGAAACUAUAAUUCAGCAAAAGACCACACCAAUAGCUCAAGAACCAACAACAGUUGACCCAUAUGCAACAUUAAGCAAGUUCCAAUUGUCCACCAAUUGCAGCUUACAUACAGAAGUCAUGACUAGAAAAACCCCACUUUCGAGCAACAAUCACCCUACCCAAAAUAAAAUGAUAUCCAAAACUGAAAUUACCUCCAAAAAAAAGAAAAGCAAGUUUGAGGAAAAGCAAGAAAAUACAAUUAACUGGGAUAAUUUAAGGAAAAUUUAUUCCAAGGAUAGAACUAGAAAACCUAUGGAUAAAAACAACGAUUCCAUAGAUUGGGAGAGAGUUAGGGGUGCAUCAGUUGAAGUGGUUUCCAAGACUAUAAUGGAAAGAGGAAUGAACAACAUACUUGCAGCAAGAAUAAAGGAGUUCCUUGAUCGAAUGGUCAAAGAUCAUGGAAAAAUUGAUCUUGAGUGGCUGCGAGAUGUUCCACCAGACAAAGCAAAGUAA